GCUGGCUGCUGCUGCUGCUUACACUUACAGUGACAUGAACAACACAGAGGCAAAAUGACAAAGAACGCUUCAUCGAUUUCGGAUCUCCGCUUUGAUUAAUCGAUUUUACAAAAUUUCCUGGGUUUUGAUUUCUCGCUCCUAAUUUUGCUUGACCAAAGCUCAAGUUUGGGCUGUUUUCAUGGCUGCUAUUCGCGUUUCUCGAUGUCCCUGAUUGCGUUUUGUUUCUACCAUUUCCUUCUGCGUAGAUCUGUUGAAUCCAUUAAUCGCAUUUCUGCGUCUGUGAAGAGAGGAAGAGGAGGAGGAUGUUGUGUGCUUGUUCAGGCGAACAAUUCCGGUUCGAGGAGCAGCCUGGGUCGCCGGAAUCACUAGCAACAAGAGAUUUCUCAGCUAGUGGACUUUCUUCUUCCAGAACUAGAGGAGGCGAUUGGGAUUCAAAACUGGAAGAGAUUCAAGUGGAUGAAGCUGAAUCGACUCUAAAGGAGGCUCUCUCACUCAACUAUGAGGAAGCUAGGGCUUUGCUGGGGAGACUUGAAUAUCAGAGAGGUAAUUUCGAUGCAGCGCUUCAGGUGUUUAAGGGGAUUGAUAUUAAGGUCUUAACUCCGAGGAUAGUCAAAGCCAUCGUAGAGAGAACACGUCCGUGCAAACCACCACGCUCCAGAGUUGCUAUUGUGCCUCCAAGCUCAAUGUCAAUGCAUUCUGUCAGUUUACUUCUUGAAGCAAUCUUGCUUAAAGCUAGAUCACUAGAGGAACUCGGGUGUUGCAAAGAGGCUGCAGAGGAAUGCAAAUUAAUCCUGGAUAUGGUUGAAUCUGCACUACCAAGUGGCAUGCCUGACCGAAUCAGUGGAUUUGGUAAACUACAAGAAGUUUUUCAAAAGGCCCUCGAAUUGCUUCCUUUACUAUGGACAAAAGCAGGGAAUUUUCAUGAAACAAUUGCUUCAUAUCGCCGUGCUUUAUCCAGACCAUGGAAUUUGGAUCCCCAAAGGCUAGCUAUUACGCAGAAAUCCUUAGCUUUGGUUCUACUUUACGGAAGUGUUGAGGCAUGCCCAAAAGAGAACAUGGAAGAAGCAAUUGUGUUACUAAUGUUACUCAUAAAGAAGAUAGUGGUUGGAGAAAUACAGUGGGAUCCAGAACUGAUGGAUCAUCUCACUUAUGCUCUUUCGAUGACUGGACAGUUUGAAGUGUUAGCGAGCUAUCUAGAGCAGAUUCUUCCAGGUGUUUACACUCGAGGGGAGAGAUGGUACCUUCUCUCACUUUGUUACAGUGCUGCAGGGAUUGAUAAAGCGGCCAUCAAUCUAUUGAAGAUGGCCUCAGGUCCUUCUGAAUCAAGACAGAUACCACACACUCCUUGGUUAUUGUUUGGAGCAAAGCUGUGCUCUGAAGAUCCAAAACACUCAAUGGACGGCAUAAAUUUUGCUCAAAGGCUGCUCGACUUGGCAAACAAUCAGAGUGAACAUAUUUUGAGCGAAGCACACAGGUUCCUUGGUGUAUGCUAUGGAAACGCUGCAAGAAGUUCCAAAUUAGACUCUGAACGGGUUUUAUUUCAGAAGAAAUCCCUUUUCUCUCUAAAUAAAGCAGCAAAGAGGGCCAUGGAUGGUCCGGAACCAGAUGUUAUAUUUAACCUAAGCGUUGAGAAUGCAGUUCAAAGAAACCUUCAGGUGGCUUUGGAUGGCGCGGUUGAGUAUUCUAGUAUGGUGGGAGGAGUUUCUACUAGAGGAUGGAAACAUUUAGCUAUUGUACUUUCAGCGGAGAAACGGCUCAAGGAUGCUGAAUCUAUUCUGGACUUUACCAUGGAAGAGGCCGGUGAUAUCGAGAAGUUGGAGCUUAUGAAGUUGAAAGCUGUGCUUCAGAUGGCUCAAGAACAACCUAAGCAGGCAUUGAAAACAUGCAGCAGCUUGCUGGCCCUAAUCCGGGCGCAGGAGAAACCUGAAAAAUCCGAGGCUCUGCUACAGAAGUUUGAAACAGAAGCUUGGCAAGACCUGGCCUCUGUCUACGGAAAGCUAGGUUCAUGGUCGGAUGCAGAAACAUGUCUGGAGAAGGCAAGAUCCAUUCGGUUUUAUUCUCCCAGAGGCUGGAAUGAGACAGGUUUGUGUCUAGAAGCUAAAUCACUUCAUGAAGAGGCUUUAAUAUCCUUCUUUCUAUCGCUCUCGAUCGAACCAGAACACGUGCCCAGCAUUGUCUCUAUAGCAGAGGUUAUGAUGAAAUCAGGUGGUGAUUCACUUCCAACCGCUAAAAGUUUUCUGAUGAACGCGUUAAGAUUAGACCCGAGAAAUCACAACGCGUGGAUGAAGCUAGGGGAUGUUGCCAAAAUGCAAGGCUUGUCACAGCAAGCUGCAGAAUUUUACCAAGCUGCAUAUGAACUAGAGCUGUCUGCUCCGGUGCAGAGCUUCAUUUGACUUGCAAAGAGUUUUUAGGAUGAAGUCACUCACGCAAACAAGGUUAAAAUUUCGUCAGCUUCUAAACAAGGUCGCAGAGAGGCAGAUUCUUGACGAUAACUUUUUGAUAAAUAAAGUUUGAAGUUGUAGUUUGUUGGAUGGUAAUGUAAGAUCAGUUAUAUGAGCCACAUUGGUUUUGAAGAGUAUCUCAUUAAUCUACAUGAAUUAAUGUCACAGCCUCACAGGGCACUUCCUUAGAUGGAAGCUAUCAUAGUUACUUAACCAAUGUCACAGGCAGUCUAG